CUUUAUCAUCCUUCGCCCAUUCAAACACACCAACGCCAUUGUAGCUGCUUCUUCAGUGAACCCCCAGCUGGGAGGAAAAUGGGUGUGAUUUCACGGAAGAUAUUUCCAGCAUGUGUAAACAUGUGUGUUUGCUGUCCUUCUCUAAGAUCACGUUCUAGACAGCCUGUGAAGAGAUACAAGAAACUACUUGCAGAAAUCUUUCCCAAAUCACCUGGAGGCUCUCCAAAUGAACGGAAGAUUGCUAAAUUGUGUGAAUAUGCUGCUAAAAACCCUUUCCGUAUCCCCAAAAUUGCAAAAUAUCUUGAAGAAAGAUGCUACAAGGAGCUGCGGUUAGACCAUGUUGAGCUGGUUAAUGUCAUUACGGAGGUGUAUAGUAAGUUGAUUUGCAUGUGCAAAGAGCAAAUGGCAUAUUUUGCUGUCAAUCUGCUGAAUGUUUCUAUUGAACUUUUGGAUGAUUCUAAACGAGAUACCGUCCAGAUAAUCGGAUGCCAAACCCUAACUAGAUUCAUCUAUAGUCAGGUGGAUGGAACUUAUACGUAUAAUCUUGAAAAUAUAGUUCAAAAGGUUUGUAUGCUAGCCCGCAAACCUGAGGAAGAAGACGAAAAAACACGAUUGAGGGCAGCAAGCUUGCAAUGCCUUUCAGCCAUGAUUUGGUUUAUGACGGAGUUCUCACAUAUAUUUGUUGAUUUUGAUGAGAUUGUACAUGUCACUUUAGGUAACUAUGAACCUAAUACAAACAAUGAACAAGAUGAUGAUCGAGGGGAAGCACACCAUAAUUGGGUAGAUGAAGUGGUUAGAUGUGAAGCGAGGGGGCCUGGCAUCGAAACCGACUCCAGCUACAUGCUUGUCAAACCACGGGCAGAAAAGAAAGAUCCUUCCCUUUUGACGAGAGAGGAGGCUGAGACACCAAAAGUAUGGGCGCAAAUUUGCGUUCAAAGAAUGGUAGAACUUGCCAAAGAAAGUACAACAAUGCGUCGAAUACUAGAUCCAAUGUUUGUCUAUUUUGAUACUAAUCGACAAUGGGUUCCUCCUCAUGGGCUAGGCUUGAUCGUUCUAUCUGACAUGGCCUACUUUUUAGAGAACCCAGAGAACCAACAGUUGAUAUUAGCUUCGGUUGUUCACCAUUUGGACCACAAAAAUGUUUCACAUGAUCCGGAAUUGAAAUCAUAUGUCAUACAGACCACGACUGCUUUGGCUUGGCAAGUUAGGUCUGAAGUUGCACUCAAAGAUAUUGGAUUUGUGAGUGAUCUCUGCAGGCAUUUGAGGAAAAGCCUUCAGGCAACUGUUGAAUCGGUUGGGGAACAAGAGUUAAGCUUGAAUACUUUUCUCCAAUCCUCAAUAGAAGAUUGCUUACUCAAAAUAGCCAAAGGGAUUGCUGAUGCACGCCCUCUGUUUGACGUGAUGUCAACAACACUGGAGAAACUGCCUUCGAGUAGUAUCGUUGCCAGGGCAACUACUGGAUCGAUGAUUAUUCUUGCCCACAUGAUUGUCGUAGCAUCUGUUUCCUCAAGCUCACAGCAGGUGUUUCCAGAGGGUCUUCUUCUUCAACUUUUGAAAUUAAUGCUGCAUCCAGAUGUUGAAAUCCGUUUGAGCGGGCAUCAAAUUUAUUCCGUUCUUCUCAUCCCAAGUUCUAAUCAUUUGAGACGUGACGCUUCUAAUCAUACAAGAAGAUGGAGUUCUGAUACUGCAUCCGUGUUUGCCUCGGUUACAUCUUUGCUCGACAAGCUUCGGAGAGAAAAAGAUGGAACGGAGGCUGAGAAACGUGAAGUUUGUAUUCAGGAUGUGUGGGGCCACAAGAAAUCCCCCAACUUUCAGAAAAUUAGCUCGAUCACAGCCGGAGAAUUAACAUUGUCUGAUGCAGAGCAAUCUGUUAUGAAGUUUAGCGAGGAUCAAAUAACUCAAUUAUUGUCCGCCUUCUGGAUACAAGCCAAUCUUCUUGAUAACAGUCUUCAAAAUAUCGAGGCUCUAGCUUAUUCUUUCUGCUUAACGCUCAUUUCAUUGCGGCUUAGGAACCCCACUGAUAAUCUCGUGGUUCGCAUCUUCCAAAUUCCCCUGUCACUAUGGAAGAUGUUGUUGGAUCAUAGCAAUGGAAUGUUAUAUCCGGCACACCAAAGAUCACUUCUUACAUUGUCGACUGCAAUGCUGAUGUUUGCGGCCAAGAUGUAUCAGAUUCCUGAUAUUGCUGAUGUAUUUCAGCCAAUGCUUAAAUCUGACGUCGAUAACUACUUGGGUAUCAGUGAUGACUUCCAAGUUUAUGUGAAGCCUCAGGCAGAUGUAAAUGAAUAUUGUUCCGACCACGAUAAUCAAGCGGCUGCUUCCCUUCUUGUUGAGUUGCAAAGCAAGAUGUUCAAGUCUUAUGAGAUAAUUGUUGAUAUUUUAGUCCGCAAAUUAUCUAAAGUAACGGAGAUGGAGGCAGAAGAAUUACGUAUUCAGUUGUUGGAAACUUUCAUGCCUGAUGAUGCAACGUUCGGUCCAGAGUCGAUGCUUCAUUUGGAUCAGUAUCAUAGAGUUGCUCAUUCAAAAGAAUCCCUUUCUUUUGACACGGACUUUCCUACAAAUUCACUAGUUGAGGAUGAUGCAACAAGUGAAUCAUCUGUUUCGGAUCUUUCCCGCUUUAUAUCUAAAUCUCCUACGCCAAGCUCAAUGUCUCAUGUUAUUAGCAUCCGACAGCUUCUUGAUUCAGCACUAGAAGCAGCUGGUCAAGUGGCGGGCGCAUCUGUCUCCACUUCUCCCCUUCCAUUCAGCGCCAUGGCUGGGCAGUGUGAGGCCCUGGGCACAGAUUCAAGAAAAAAGCUGUCGAGUUGGCUUUCUUCUGCAAACGUUGAUACAAAAGCAGCAGCAGCAGCAGCAACAAGUGCAGAUAUGGGUGGCAGUCGGAAUUCAAACGUCAUCAAGAUUCUGCAGGGUGAAGAUGGAAUGAAUGGUCUGAGGCUACCACCUGCCAGCCCUUUUGAUAACUUUCUGAAAGCAGCUAGAUAUGAUGCUUAGAAAUAGCAGCAGAUGAAAUGUAAGAAUGAAGUUGAUUCACCCUAUAUCUAGGACCUUGUUGUAUGAAUAUUUUCUCUUAUUUUUAGGGGUGUUUAUUGCUUUGGUUUUUUACUUGUAUGAGAAUAUUUACUUCCCAAAAGAGUCGUUGAGAAGC